AUGCUGGCAGUGCAGCGUUUAGUUGUCUCCCUUUUCUUUAUAGACAUUAUGGACAGUGACAGCGAGGCCAACCAGAUCGCGGACCAGGACUCCGUAACAACACAGGAGUCGCAAAACGUCGAGGACGAGGCGUACCACUCGGAAGACCCGCCUGUUUCCGCGUACGCCAGCGGCAAGAAGACGGUGGUGUUUGACGAGGACAGGAACCAGAUCAACGAGCGCUCGGUCAACGAGAGCGAGUACACCGAGUCGUUGAGUAGCGACUCGCUCGAGGACCUUGAGGAACAGCGGCGGCUGCAGGAAAUGAGGGGCGCCGACUUGGUGAGUUUGUUUACGAAGCACGACUUUGUCACUUCGUCGCCGAUCAAGGAAGACGACGUUUACAAGGACGGGAGCACGAUCCACGACAACCCAAUGAACUCUCCACGCAGGCCGGAUGGGCCAGACUACGGGCUCGAGGUGCCGACGUACCAGAACGACGAGUCUCGCGACUCUUCUCCAACGAGAUCGCACCGAGACAAUGGACCACCACCUCUCGUUGACAAUAUCCCCGAUCUUGCACACCACAAGGUGGCGCCAUUGAAACCGGUCGCCAUGAACAAACUGCUCAACGUCCAGCAGAACAAAGACAAUCGCCAGAAAGAACAUUACUAUCCUGAAGACUCCACGCCUAGCUUCCAAAACGAAGCAAGUGUGAGCGUCUUGGAAAAUGAGACAGAACUCAAACAUUUCAUCCCGCCUAUGCACCAGAAACCUGCUAAACGUCAUCGGGUCAAACACCACAAGCCUGUUGAGUCGAAAACCAACGUCGACUCCAUCAUCAACCAUUUCAAAACAGAACGCGACCAGGCCCUUGCCGAGCGAGACGAGAUCCAAAAGGAGCUCGAAAACCUGCACUCUGUUCUGGACACCUGCUGGGGAAAAAUAUCCAAAGAGUGUUCGCAGGACACCCACUCGUCAGAACGCACAUUUAUCGAGUCUGUGCUGGAGUCUAUCCGUGGCGGCUCGACUCCACCAACGACCAACCUCACAAACUAUAUCCAGAAGUUUUCAGAGAAAAUCAACAGUCUGGACGAACAGGUUCAGAACGACAUGAAGGACGAGCUCAGACAGCUGCGAAAGGAGCUGACCCAGGCCCAGACAGAGAAAAUGGAGGCAACCGCCCAGAUGAGCGAGUGUCUUCGCAAAUGUAACAGAAAGGACGAACUCUUGCAACAGAUCAAACCUCAGUUCAUCUACGUAUACCAAGAACUGCUGAUUCCGUUCAUCAACUGCGGAAUCGACGAGAAACUUGUCCCCACCAAGAGAAAAGCAGAUAUUAACGAACUGUACGACUCGAUGGUUGUGAUUGACAAACCAGGACAGUCCCCAAACAACAGCUCGUCGUUCCACUCACAAGACUUCCAGCAGUUCGCCUCGCUCAACAGAAGACUCACCGAGUACUUUGCCGACCUGGCGCUGUGUCUCAAGAACCUGUCCAUCGUCGAGCAGUCGAUCGACGCGCCGAUCUAA